GUGGAGUCGACCCAGAGCAUGAUUCGCAUACUUGGUCUCUCAGCAACUCUGCCAAAUUACUUGGAUGUGGUGUCUUUUCUGCAUGUGAACCCAUGCAUUGGAUUGUUCUACUUUGACGGUCGUUUUCGUCCUGUUCCACUUGGCCAGAGCUUUGUUGGCAUCAAGACUACAAAUAAGGUCCAGCAGCUGCAUGACAUGGAGGAGGUUUGUUAUGAGAAGGUCCUGAAGCAGAUCAGAGGGGGUCACCAGGUGAUGGUGUUUGUACAUGCCCGCAACUCCACCGUCCGCACCGCCAUGAGUCUGAUCGAGAUGGCCAAGAACCGGGGAGAGCUGUCAUUCUUUCAGGUCGACCAGGGUCCAGACUACGGCCAGUGUGAGAAACAGGUGCAGCGCUCCAGAAACAAGCAGGUGAGGGAGAUGUUUCCAGACAGCUUUGGCAUCCAUCACGCCGGGAUGUUACGGCAGGACCGCACGCUCAUGGAGAACAUGUUUUCCAGAGGAUACUUGAAGGUUCUGGUGUGCACUGCCACGCUGGCCUGGGGUGUUAACUUACCCGCUCAUGCGGUCAUCAUUAAGGGCACUAAUAUAUAUGAUGCCAAGCGUGGUGCAUUAGUGGAUCUGGGCAUCCUGGACGUGAUGCAGAUUUUCGGUCGGGCUGGACGGCCACAGUUUGAUAAGUACGGAGAAGGAACCAUCAUCACGACCCAUGACAAGCUGAGCCAUUACCUGACGCUCCUGACUCAGCAGAACCCCAUCGAGAGCCAGUUCCAACAGAGUCUCGCCGACAACCUCAACGCUGAGAUCGCUCUAGGGACAGUCACUAAUGUCGAUGAAGCCGUCCAGUGGCUGAGUUACACGUACCUGUACGUGCGAAUGACAGCCAAUCCACUCGCUUACGGGAUCAGUCACAAGGCCUAUCAGAUGGAUCCGCAGUUGGAGCUCUACAGGAAGGAAUUAGUCGUGGAGUCCGGCAGGAAGCUGGAUAAGGCACGGAUGAUCCGUUUUGAUGAGAGAACUGGUUAUUUUGCAUCCACAGACCUUGGCAGGACAGCCAGUCACUUCUACAUAAAGUACAACACCAUUGAGACAUUCAAUGAGCUUUUCAACGCGCAGAAGACUGAAGCAGAUAUCCUGAGCAUUGUUUCAAAAGCUGAAGAAUUUGAGCAGGUCAAGGUUCGGGACGAGGAGCUGGAGGAACUGGAGAAGCUGUUGUGUAAUUUCUGCGAGCUGCCGGCGACUGGAGGAGUGGAGAACGGCUACGGCAAGAUAAACAUCCUUCUCCAGACGUACAUCGGCCGCGGGGAGGUGGACAGCUUCUCCCUCAUAUCUGACCUGUCUUAUGUAGCGCAGAAUGCUGCUCGUAUCGUGCGGGCUCUGUUUGAGAUCGCUCUGAGGAAGCGCUGGCCGGCCAUGACCUACCGCCUGCUGAACCUGUGUAAAGUGAUUGACAAGCGUCUGUGGGGCUGGGCCCACCCGCUGCGGCAGUUCAGCGCUCUGCCCCCUUCAGUGCUGUCCAGAAUGGAGGAGAGGAAUCUCACGGUGGACAAACUCAAAGACAUGGGCAAAGAUGAGAUCGGUCACAUGUUGCAUCACGUGAACAUCGGCCUGAAGGUGAAGCAGUGUGUUCAUCAGAUACCCGCCAUCCUGAUGGAGUCCAGCAUUCAGCCAAUCACACGCACUGUCCUGCGCGUUCGCCUCAGCAUCACCCCAGACUUCAGGUGGAAUGACCAGGUCCAUGGCUCAGUGGGAGAGCCCUGGUGGUUAUGGGUGGAGGAUCCGAUCAACGACCACAUCUACCACUCUGAGUACUUUCUUCUGCAUAAGAAACAGGUUGUGAGUGGAGAGUCCCAGCAGGUGGUCUUCACUAUACCCAUCUUUGAGCCCAUGCCUUCUCAGUAUUACAUCCGAGCCGUGUCUGACCGCUGGCUGGGCUCUGAAGCUGUGUGCAUCAUCAACUUCCAGCAUCUUAUCCUGCCUGAAAGACACCCGCCACACACAGAGCUCUUGGAUCUUCAGCCGCUGCCUGUGACUGCAUUAGGAAACCGGGAGUAUGAGAGUCUAUACAAGUUCACGCACUUUAAUCCCAUUCAGACGCAGAUCUUCCAUACACUCUACCACACGGACACCAACGUCCUGCUGGGGGCCCCCACCGGCUCCGGCAAAACCAUCGCUGCAGAGAUGGCCAUCUUCAGGGUCUUCAACAAGUGCCCCACCUCCAAGGUGGUCUACAUUGCUCCUCUCAAAGCUCUGGUCCGAGAGAGGAUUGCGGACUGGAAGAUCAGAAUAGAAGAGAAACUUGGGAGAAAGGUGGUUGAGUUAACAGGUGACGUUACUCCAGACAUGCGAGCUAUCGCACAGGCUGACCUGAUCGUCACCACUCCAGAGAAAUGGGAUGGAGUCAGCCGCAGCUGGCAGAACCGCAGCUAUGUGCAGAACGUGGCUAUUCUCAUCAUAGACGAGAUCCAUCUUCUAGGUGAGGACAGAGGGCCGGUUCUAGAGGUCAUUGUGUCCAGAACCAACUUUAUCUCAUCCCACACCUCAAAACAAGUGCGAGUAGUGGGACUCUCUACCGCGCUGGCUAAUGCACGGGAUCUAGCCGACUGGCUGGGCAUCGGACAGGUGGGACUGUUUAAUUUCCGGCCCUCUGUUCGCCCAGUGCCGCUGGAGGUUCACAUCCAGGGCUUUCCGGGGCAGCAUUAUUGCCCUCGUAUGGCCAGCAUGAACAAACCAGUCUUCCAAGCCAUCCGCACUCAUUCUCCUGCCAAACCGGUCCUCAUAUUUGUGUCGUCGCGCCGGCAGACACGGCUCACAGCUCUGGACCUCAUUGCGUUUCUGGCUACAGAAGACGACCCCAAACAGUGGCUCCACCAGGAUGAGAGAGAGAUGAACGAUAUCAUCGGCACUAUAAGAGAGUCAAACCUGAAGCUGACCCUGGCGUUUGGGAUCGGGAUGCAUCACGCGGGACUUCACGAGCGAGACAGGAAGACAGUGGAAGAGCUCUUUGUCAACUGUAAGAUCCAGGUGUUAAUUGCAACCAGCACACUAGCGUGGGGCGUCAACUUCCCUGCUCACCUGGUGAUCGUGAAGGGCACAGAAUACUAUGACGGAAAGACCCGCCGCUACGUGGAUUACCCCAUAACAGAUGUUCUUCAGAUGAUGGGUCGAGCAGGGCGACCGCAGUUUGAUGACCAGGGCAAGGCUGUUAUCCUUGUGCACGACAUCAAGAAGGACUUCUAUAAGAAGUUCUUGUACGAGCCGUUCCCUGUGGAGUCUAGUCUUCUGAGCGUGCUCUCCGACCACUUGAAUGCAGAAAUCGCAGCAGGCACAGUCACCUCAAAACAAGACGCCAUGGAUUACAUCACCUGGACGUACUUCUUCCGCAGGCUGGUCAUGAACCCAAGUUACUAUAAUUUGGAUGACAUCACCCAUGAAACCAUUAACAGAUACCUUUCAAACCUGGUGGAGAGGAGUCUGAGGGAUCUGGAAUGUUCCUACUGCAUGGAAAUACAGGAGGAUGAGCAAACCAUCGAGCCGCUGACGUACGGCCGCAUCUCAUCCUACUAUUACCUGAAACACCAGACCAUCCGCAUGUUCAAAGAGCGUCUGAAGCCAGAGCUGCCCAUUCAAGAGCUGCUGGCCAUCCUGUCGGAAGCAGAGGAGUACGCCGAGCUCCCCGUACGCCACAACGAGGACCAACUGAACAGCGAGCUGGCCCAGCGGCUCCCCCUGCAGGUCAACCCUCACUCGUACGACAGCGCGCACACCAAAACACACCUGCUUAUGCAGGCCCACUUCAGCCGGGCACAGCUGCCCUGCAGCGACUACGGAACCGACACCAAAACCGUGCUAGACAACACCAUCCGCAUCUGCCAGGCUAUGCUGGAUGUGGUGGCGAAUGAAGGAUGGCUCGUGUCUGCGCUGAGCAUUUGCAACCUUGUACAGAUGAUCAUUCAGGCCAGAUGGCUUCACGAUUCCUCCCUGCUCACACUUCCUCACAUCCAAAAGCAGGAUCUCUAUGUCUUCAGGAGGUGGAGCGCCAAAGGUGCGAGGGGCGGAGGUGGCUAUCGAGGCCCAAUCGAGGGGCUUCCCGAGCUAAUGGCCGCCUGCGACGGGAAAGAGGACAACUUCACGUCGAUGGUGAAGGAGGUGCUGCAGCCCAAUCAGAUCUCUCAGGCGUGGGCUUUUCUGAGUCACCUGCCUGUGGUGGAGGUCAGGAUGAGUGUGAAGGGCUGGUGGGAGGGUUGUGAGGAGCAAACUGAGCGCGUGAUCCCUGCUAACGUCACCAACAUCAGAGACGAGUCCAGCUGGCUGCCGCUGCACGCUGACCAGGAGUACGUGCUCCAGGUGUCCCUGCGCCGCCUCAACGCCGGCCAGCAGAGAAGGAAGCAGGACAGCAAGGCACAGGCGCCACGCUUCCCCAAACCCAAAGACGAAGGCUGGUUUCUUGUUCUCGGGGAGGUGGAGAAGAAAGAACUGCUGGCUAUCAAACGUGUGGGAUUUAUACGCAACCACAGCAGUGUGUCCGUGGCCUUCUACACGCCUGAGAAGACGGGGAAGUGUAUCUACACGCUGUACCUGAUGAGCGACAGCUACCUCGGCCUGGAUCAGCAGUACGACAUCCACCUGAACAUCAUCCCAGCCAGCAUUGCUGCGCAAGUCAACAGUGAGAUAUCAGAUAACGCUGGCAAAAAAGCCCCAAAGUGACCUCGCGCAACUAAACCAAAGUUUCCCUCUUGGCUUGAGAUGUUAAUUUGAUGGACAGCUCUUCAGUUCUCUUCGUGAAACUACACUGAAUGGGUGCCAACUUUUUUCUUUUUUUUUCUGGUUCAAUUAAACAUUUUGAUGAUUAGAACAUCUGGCCCAAACAGUCAUAACACUUUCGAAUGAGAGAUCAGAUGGUUGUAAUUGAUUCAAGAGGAACCUUCUGAGAAUCAGCCUCAUCUGUUUCUCAGACGGUCACUCUUCCUGCCUUAUUACUCUUUUUACUCUUAUUUUGUGCUGCUGCUGCUUCUUUUUUUUGUACACUCUGCAUUACGGGCAAAGGUUAUAUUUGUCUAAUUAAAUUAUAAACAUAAAAAGAUUGUUUUUGCUUCUGAAUUAUGGAAGUAUUCAAUACGAAAAAAUCAAUUUUGUUAAAUA